AUGGCGCUCCUCUCGCGCUUCUGGUCCUACAUAUCACCACGUAAAGCCGAUGCGACACGCAACGCGACACCACAGACCGCGCCGCCAGCCAGAAAGCGAGGACGACCACCUGGGCGGCCCAAAUCUACGACCAAGGAUGCAGUGAGGCAGACCAAGUCUAUGAGCCCGAUCGAGCGGGUGGACUGUUGGCGCGCGCAGUCUACGCUCAGUGGGAGCAGCAAGGCGGGCAGGAAGAGGAAGACGCCCAUGACACCCAGCGCGGCGAGUGGUCAUCAAAGAAAGGCCUUGAAGGUGGAGCAAAAAGACUCGGAGGACGAUUAUGACGAGGAUGAGAGCGCUAUGCGCAUACAGCUCGGGCAAGAAGAGUACAGCGCGGACGAAGCAGACUCCGAGGACGUGGAGCUGGAGGCUGCGAGUGAGGAUGAUGUAGAACACGACGACGACGAGGUCGAAGCAGAAUCCAACAUCCACCUCGACCGCUCCUCCACACCCGCGGACCACGAAUCCUACUACGACGAAGACGUGCAAGGCGACACCUCCCUCCUCGUCUCCGAACACGACUACACCUCACCCCACCGCAAAAAGAUCAUCUCCCCCGCGCAAGAAGCCUUCGACCGCGGCAUCUCCGAGCAAGAACUCCGUGACCAAGGCUGGGACGACGACCAUAUCGCUCUCGUCCAGAAAAUCGCCAUGCGCGGCUACGAGCCUCUCCUACCCAACUACUACAAAUUCGAAUGGCCCUGGAUGCCCGACGCCCUGUUCGCCGCCGACGACGACGCCAUCCUCUGCCCCCAACGCACCAAGUUCUCCCGUGGCAGCAAAGCGCUCGAGUGUCUCUUCGAGCUGGGCGGUAGAGUCAGGGAUCGCCUCAUCUUACCCAACACCAACAUCACGCCUGAACUCCAGACCAAGAAAAUGAUGAAAGAGUACAUGAAAUGGGCCACCACCGACUCAGGUCUGGACCCCCAAACCGCCAUCCCCCUCCUCACCCUCCAAUGCCGCCCCUCCUCAACCCCAGCAGCCGAACUCCAAGAACGCGCCCGCGCCAAACUCGCCGCGCUCGCUGCCCGCUACCGCGCCGCCUUCGCGAUCAAACCAUCGAUCGAGUCCUCACCCUCUUCCAUCUCCACCAAAUCUCAAAUCCUCUCCCACCCCCUCCCAACCCUCUACGCCAUCAUCGCCUCCGGCACCCUAGUCGCGCUGGUGGCCUACAACCCCGCUGACGCCGAACCAGACGUGAAAUCCAUUGCUUUCUUCCAAAUGGCGGAUAAAGCGUACGAUGUCUGGAAUGCGCUGGCUUUGGCGAUUGUGGUGUGUCAUAUGCGGAACGUGCAGGUGCGGGUGGCGGAGGAGACGGGGCUGGGGCCUAACCGCCUGCCUCAACCACGGCCGAUUAAGCCCCACGUCAUCGAUCUGAGGCGCCCAAUGCACGUCUCCUCUGAAGCCCCAGCCCCUCUCCUCGUGCUCAAAGCCUCUCCACUCUCCGUGGAUAGAGACUUUCACAUCAGAGCUCUGGGAGUGGAGGAGGAGGGCUUCGCACCACUGGACGCGGCUCGCAGCCAGGAGGCUGAGUCUCUUGACGUGUGGUUGGUCGUUAAAUCAACCCUCUCGAGCGCUGGGAAUGCCGUAGGGCAGUCCAAGAGAUGCCGCACAGCCGCGCAAGUCCGUUGGAGAUGGUGUUCGCAUUUCGUCAACUGCAGCGCCCUGAUGCUGGGUGGGAGGAGAUCCGUUAGCGUCGUCUCCGGCAACAUUGGUGUGGAGCUCUAA